CUCUGCUCAAAGCUUUGCUUCAUUCUCCGAAACCGAGAGAGACGAUGGAGGGGAAAGGGAAAGAGAUAGCUGUUGGACCGUCCAUUAAUAAAUCAAGUGUAGAGUGUCACAAGUAUUACUUGGCGCGUCGAACGACCAUGGAGAUGCUACGAGACAGAGGAUACGAUGUCUCCGACGAAGACAUUAACCUUUCCUUCCAGCAGUUCCGAGCGCUCUACGGCGAACUUCCUGACGUAGAUCAACUCCGUAUCUCUGCCAAACACCACUUCGAUUCUUCCAAGAAGAUAGCGGUUUUGUUUUGUGGAACUGGUACGGUUAAGGUCAAUGAAAUGCGAGUCAUUGCAGCAGAUGUACUUAACCGAGAAAGUAUAACUGGAUUGAUACUGGUUCUGCAAGGUCACAUAACAAUUCAAGCUCUAAAAGCCGUUGAGCUUUUCACGUUUAAGGUCGAGUUAUUCGAGAUAACCGAUUUGCUAGUUAACGUAACAAAACAUGUCUUGAGGCGAAGACAUCAGGUUUUGAAUGAUGACGAGAAGGAAUCACUUCUCAAGAAGUACAGCCUCGAGGAAAAACAACUUCCUCGGUUAUCGAGCACAGACCCGAGUGUGCGAUACUAUGGACUAGAGACAGGGCAAGUCAUGAAGAUCACAUACAAAGACGAGCUCAGUGAUUCGCAAGUUACAUACCGAUGCGUCGGGUAAACUCGUCUUGUUUAUAUCUUUAGCUCUCUUUGUGUGUAGAAAUUAAUUUGUAUCACGUUUUGAUGUCAAUAUCUGUACCUUUUCUGUUUUUUUUAACUGUAAGCUUUGUGUUUCCUUUUUGAUAUUAACAUAAACCAAACAAGUUUGAUAAUUAAUUAAUGUUGUGGUUCAUAUAGA